GGGGAGCGCGCGCGCACGCAGCGGCGCUAGCCUGGCGGCGGCGGCGACAACAACAACGUCACAGCUCGAGCUUUCCUUUUCGGGAGUCCCCGGCACACAUCCUGUGUCCAUGUUUGGGCAUUUACGUCACGGCGGCAGGGCCGGGGCCUCCCAAAAUGGCAGUGGCCCGGGGAGUCGGAAGCCCGGAGCCAGCGCCGCCGCAGCUAUAUAAGUGGGGGGGCUGUGGGUUGGGGGAGCCCGGCUGCGCUUUGGAGAGGCGAGGAGCCGCCGCCCGAGGCCGGUGCGGGCGAGCUAGGGCGCCGCGGCUCCCCGACUCUUUUCACAGAGGUGAGUGCCCGAAGCCAGGAGCCCGGGCGCCUAGGUUUGCGCGCUGCGGGGAACCCCUACCGCCAGCCUCCCCGACACCCGCGCGCCCCCAAGCCCAGCGGGAGAGGCCCCGGGCGCCCCACAGCCGGCGCCGCGCCAUGCUCCACCUUAGCGAGUUUUCCGAACCCGACGCGCUCCUGGUCAAGUCCACUGAAGGCUGUUGCGCCGAACCCAGCGCUGAAUUGCCCCGGCUGCCCGCCAGGGACGCUCCCGCGGCCACCGGCUACCCUGGAGCAGGCGACUUCUUGAGCUGGGCUUUGAACAGCUGCAGCGCAAGUGGGGACUUAGCCGACUCCUGCUUCCUGGAGGGGCCUGCGCCCACACCCCCUCCCGGCCUCAGCUACAGCGGUAGCUUCUUCAUUCAGGCAGUGCCCGAACACCCGCACGACCCAGAGGCACUCUUCAACCUCAUGUCGGGCAUCUUAGGCCUGGCACCGUUCCCCGGUCCAGAGGCAGCAGCGUCCAGAUCCCCGCUGGAUGCCUCUUUUCCCGCGGGGCCCGAUGCCUUGCUGCCGGGUCCGCCGGACCUUUACUCCCCGGAUCUGGGCUCUGUCCCCUUCCCAGAGGCGUUCUGGGAGGCCUCGCCUUGCGCGGGCGCCCCCUCGCAGUGCCUGUAUGAGCCUCAGCUCUCCCCGCCCGACGUCAAGCCCGGCCUCCGGGCGCCUCCCGCCUCGCCAGCGCUGGACGCUGCCUCUGCCUUCAAGGGUCCCUACGCGCCCUGGGAGCUGCUUUCUGUGGGGGCCCCGGGGAACUGUGGGUCACAGGGAGGCUACCAGACCGCCCCCGAGGCUCGUUUUCCCGCAAUAGGGACCAAGAUUGAGGACUUGCUGUCCAUCAGCUGCCCUGCGGAACUGCCGGCCGUCCCAGCCAACAGACUCUACCCUAGCGGGGCCUACGACGCUUUCCCGCUGGCCCCGGGUGACUUAGGGGAGGGGGCUGAGGGCCUCCCUGGGCUCCUGACCCCUCCUAGUGGGGAGGGAGGGAGUAGCGGCGACGGCGGAGAGUUUCUAGUCAGUACGCAGCCUCAGCUUUCCCCGCUGGGCCUUCGCAGCGCCGCCGCGGCUGACUUCCCCAAACCUCUGGUGGCGGACAUCCCUGGAAGCAGCGGCGUGGCUGCACCACCCGUGCCGCCACCGCCGCCCACCCCUUUCCCCCAGGCCAAGGUGCGACGCAAGGGGCGCCGUGGUGGCAAAUGCAGCACACGCUGCUUCUGCCCGCGGCCGCACGCCAAGGCCUUCGCUUGCCCAGUGGAGAGUUGUGUGCGGAGCUUUGCGCGCUCCGACGAGCUCAAUCGCCACCUGCGCAUCCACACGGGCCACAAACCCUUCCAGUGCCGCAUCUGCCUCCGCAACUUCAGCCGCAGCGACCACCUCACCACGCACGUGCGCACCCACACCGGCGAGAAGCCCUUUGCUUGCGACGUGUGCGGCCGCCGCUUUGCGCGCAGCGAUGAGAAGAAACGGCACAGCAAGGUGCACCUCAAGCAGAAGGCGCGCGCCGAGGAGCGGCUCAAGGGCCUCGGCUUUUACUCGCUGGGCCUCUCCUUCGCCUCCCUCUGAGCAAGAGAUGGGUUUAUGGGUUUAUGGGUUGGAGCGCCGCCAUUCGGCGCACACGAGAUCUGGGCCGUUCCCCUCCCCGCUCUUCUUCCAACUCCUCCUCGCACGCCCGAGGGCCGGCCUCCGGUCCCGCUUCCAGUUUCCUUGAAGCGCCCGCCGCACACGCCCUAUUCAGCACCAGUUCCGCGGACAGUUCCCGCGGUCCGGGCGCUGUCCCUUGUCAGCCGCGCUUUGGGGGAAGUCUUCUGAGACCACCCAGUGAAUAGGCACUACCCUGGGAUUCAAGACAGUCUUUUGUAACUGGCGCACGCCCCACGCCUUCCUCUAUAACCCCCAGAGACAGGCUGGGGCAGCGCCAAGCCGGUCUCGCGCGGGACUUUGUACAGCAGUGUCUUAUCCAGCAGCCAUUGGAUGUAACGUUUUGCUUUGGGGUUUUUUUCUUUUGUUGUUAAUUUUUGUAAAGCAGACGCUACUCUCAAGCAGUUGACAAAACUGUUUAUUUUUGCAAUUAAAAUUAUUGUGCUAAAAGCUUACCGAAUCUGCCAUGUAAGCUCCUGACCCUUCCCCUCAGCUUCUCCCCCAGGACCAUAAGUGCCAGAAGAUAAAGGUCAUCCCCACGCUCAUGGGGUACAGGCCCUGAACAUAUUACACACCCACUGUCAGGUACACCUGCCAGGAACUGCGGCACAGAGUAGGCAUUUAAUAAAUGUGUGCUGGGUUAAUGAACGAAUUUAAUCACAGCUCACCUAAGGGCUGGAGGUGUUUCUGGAACUUCAAAGUGGUUAAAAGGUGUAGGUGUUCAACAUUUUAUAUAUAUAUUAUUCUCCUUAAUCCUCACAAUCCCAAAUAAAGCAGGCAUACACCUCACUUCAAAGAUGUGGAAGCAAUGUAGAUAGCUUGCUGGAACAAUGUAGUUAACCCAGGCUAGGAACAGACAGGUCAAACACAUCUAUCUAACUUCAAAGCCAACCCUCAUUUUCCAACCUCAGAAUGGAGGCACCUAAGCUUAACAGCACUGAUUGGAAACGCUUCCUACCAGAAGGUGAGAAACAGGUUUGGCAGCUAGAGGGAGCUCCAGGCAGUAGCGACAGCAGCAAAAGGCUGCAGUAUUUUGGUGCUGUUUGAGAAAGCCCAGAGUGUUCACUGUCACAGAGACUCCAGACAGUAUCUAUGCAUCUGUUCAAGAGUCACAUGGUGUCAGGGCCCAAAGGGUAUCAGCAUUUAGCUAGAGCACACCUGAAUAUAGCAAGGAGCAGGCACUUGCCAGAGACUCAUGGUCACCUUAGUUGCUCUUCCCACAAAAAGGAUCUUCUCCAGGAGGCAUCAGCCUACUUACCAUUCAACCAUGCACCUGCCACAGCCACUUUUCUCCAGCUGUCCUUCCAAGUGAACCCUUUAUGGCUUUAGGAUCAGAGGAAGGCUAGGAGGGUGAUGAGGAAAGCAUGACUUUGUAAUGGUGAAGGUGGCCCUUUUUCUCUUUGAACUCCCUACCCAAAGCUUUUCCACUUUUUCUGGCCACCUUGGGCAGACCUUGGAGCAUAAAAAGGCUGCUGUGCUCUCCAUCUCUCUGCUCCAAUGACCCCUCUCUGAUAAGGAAGAAAGAAGGCCUGUGUCUGGGGACUUCAUUCUUUUCUCUUCUGAGCUGAGCUGUUCUUGAAUUAAGAGAGCUUACAGCCCUAUGAUGCCAGAUCAAACCAGCUUCUGAUCCUCUUGCUUCUUUCUUCACCCCUUCACUCUCAGAUAUGCUCACCCUCCACCGCACAGUCCAACUGACCAGAGACAAAAUGAUCAACUCAGAGAAUCCCAUCCGUUUCUCUCCCCAGGUGUUAAGUGCUUUCAUGUGGCCAAGUAUCUUGUAUCUAAGAAACUAAUUUGUGAUAAAGGAUUUAAUAUUACCUCUUCUAGGAGAAUUAACAUUUUAGAAGAAUAGCCUGCAGAGGGCAAUGUUUAACCCUAUGAAGAGGCCCAAAUGGUGAACUGUCAGGUACUGUGAUAAGUAAGUGGUAUAUUCAUGGAGACGCAAGAUAAUGAUGACCCUCAUUGUCUUACUAUUUAAGUCACCACACCUUUCACUUAUUAGGCAUGGGCCACCUGACUUCACUUUUCAUGAAGGGUAGGGCAAGAAAAGCAUAAUGGCCCAUAUUUCAAGCAACUGCUCCCAAACCACACAACCUGAACAAAGGAGGAAAUGCAGACAGUGGGUGGCUGGCCUCUGAUCACCCCUAUCUUGUCCUCUCCAGCAGCAUUCCAGCAAGUGCUAUCAGCUCUAUUAUUCCCCUUGUCCUCACACUCACCUAGGCUUAACAUCACUGAUGAGAAAAUUGAACCCCAAAGAAGUGACUUAGUAGUAGUCCUGGUAUCAGAGCCCAGUCUGGCUCUAUAAUUCCUAGCUGAGAAGUUCCUGCUAUGUUCCAAGGGACACUGCUCCCUUUUAUUGGAGCGUCCCCUAGGGAUUGUGAGGGAUGAGAAUGUUAGGCUAGAGAUGGAAAGAAUUAAAACCAAACAAUCUGAAAAUCAAUCCAAACCCAGGACCCAACCAGAAUUGGAGACCAAAGAGCUCAUUUUCCUUAUUUGCUCCUCUUUUUCAACUGGUCCUCAAAACGUGUUUUCCUGGAGCAGUUCUUAGCUCUCUUCUUUCCUGUUUCAACACUUUCCUUAGAGAGUACAUUCAUUGCCAAGCCUUCAGCUAUUAUUCCUAUGUAAAUGGCUUCUAAGUCAGGCAGCCCCAUGGUUCUAAUGAAUAUCCCAAUAUGGAUGUCCCACCACCAUUCCAAAUACAGUCUGUCUAAAAUCAAAUCACCCUUCCACAUUUCUGGUAAUAGCAAUGUUAUUUGAUUCGCUGAACUCAUCUAAGCAACUACAGCUCUGUGGGAUUCACUUUUGCUUCUUCCCUCCCCACACAUCCAGGCUGUCACUUAGACUUGUUGAAUCUUACUGUAAUUCUUCAGGGUCUUCUCUACUCUCAUUCAUGGCACAUUGUUUCCUGUUACGUAUUAUAAUCUUUAGCUUGUGGGCUCAACUUCAGUGGGGAUUUACUUGGGCAGCAAUACUCUGUGGCCUUGGGUGACGGUAUGUUUCUCCUGAGCAGUUUCCUGUUUGCUUCUACCAGGCACUCCAAGAGUAUCACCUGAUGGAGAUCAAUCUUUUGUUAAUUUCUUGGCUUGAAGUUCUUGUAACAUGCAGAUGUUUUGAGUUCAAACUCCAGCUCAAGUAGUUAUAAAUUCUCAGAGGCAGUUCCCCCUUCUCUAACCAGGACCCAGGUCAGGACAAACAAGCAAUAUGCCUCCCUUCCCAUACCUUCUGGGGUUAGUCACGGCAUAUCUGAUGCUUAUAUUUCUUGGUCUCAGUCCCCUUAUUUUGGUCCAUGUAGACUUUUUCCCCUUUCUUGCAAGCUCAGCUAAACAUUUCAGGAAAUGUCUGUCAAUUUUAUGAAGCAGUCCACAUAUUUUGUAGCAAGAGAGUAUUUGGGCUAUCUAGUCAACAAUGUUGUUGAAAACUGAAGCCAGAUGAUAUGAACUCUUCUAUUAAAAUAUUUCCCACAUUUAUCCUCUCUGUGCUGAUUGCCAGCACCUUAGUCCAUGCCACUCCCUCCAUAUACACACAUACCUUGGCUAUGUCAAUUUCAUAUAAUCACAUAACAACAUUGCAGUUGGAAGGAGUUUGUAAGAAUAUCCUGUCCAGGCCAGGAAUAGUGGCUUAUGCCUGUAAUCCCAGUACUUUGGAAGGCCAAGGCGGGUGGAUGGCUUGAGUCCAGGAGUUCAAGACCAGCCUGGGCAACAUGGCAAAACCCUGUCUCUAUUUUUUAAAAUAUUUUCUUAAAAAGAACAUCCUGUCCAAACCCACGCUCUAUAGAAGAGAAAACUGAAGCCCAAGAUAUUUGGGGAUUUUCUGAAGGGCACACAGAUAAUAAGAGAAUGAAAUGGGCCUUGAACCUGGACCUUCCAGUUCCAAGACCAGUGCAUAUCUAAAUAUUCACUCACUCCACAGAUACUGAGUGCUACUACAUGCUGGGCCAGUGGUUCCCAACUAUUUUACUUUCUGGUGCACCUGAGAAAUUCAACACACACAUAAGUAAUAGAGGAACAGAGAAGUCCUGAUUCUCACACUGGAAAGGUGGGAAAAAGUAAUACAAAUCUUGAUGAGGUGGGAUAUGGGGGAGAGUUUGAGAAAGCAACCCAGAAUGUUUGCUAUUUUCUCUCUCUUCACCCCAACUCCUGUACCCUAUUUGAGAGAAGGCUACAUUAUGCCAAACUGCUUCCUGUGGUCCCUCUGCCUCCCUUAUCCCUCUUUCAUUCCACAUUGCCCAGCACUAAUGAUGAAAAUUUCCUAAUAUGCCAUUCACAACAAACAAGUGUUUAUCCCAAACUGACCAAGGUUUCCACUCUCCUAUAAAAAAAAUACCUAUUUUUCACCCUUGCUGUCAAAGCCCUCUUUAUCGGAUCCAAAUUCACCUUCCAACCUCCUCUGUCAUCUCUCCCUUUGUGCUUUGCUCUGCCACCUCUCUUCCCCCACCAGUUAUCCAAAUGCUCCCACUCUUGAGCACCUUCAAGGGCAGAAACCUUGUUUGAUCCACAUUUGUGGUCCCCAUAUCACCAAGCCUAACAUGAAAGUGCUUAAUUAUUAUGUCAAUUAGUCGAACAACAACCAAAAAAAAAAAAAAAAAAAAAAAAAA